CGCAGCCGGUAGAAGCAGCUUCCAUCCAGGAGGGAGAAGCGCCCCAAAGCACCAUAGUUCCGGGUGAAGAUGUUUCCCAGCUUGGAGUCGAUGGAGCGGCCUCUCUGAUGGCCGCGUGUGCCGCCCUUCUGCUCACACCCCCUCCGGUGGCUCGCCGCCUUUUCUGACGACCCCCUUUCCCCUUCCUUCCUCCCUUCCUGCCUCCCUCCCUCCUUCCCUCCCCUCCUCCUCUCCUUCUCCCGUGAACUGGAGCUGCAGAGGAUGAGCUGUUAAAGGCCGCCCCGAGAUUCAGAGCUCGUUCAGGCCGCGGGAAGACCCCACCCGAGGGAGGCAUUGGAUGAAUAUCUCCAUGAGAGAGCCCGUAAUCCCUGGGACCAGCAUGGCUUACCACCCCUUCCUACCUCACCGGGCUCCGGACUUCGCCAUGAGUGCCGUGCUGGGACACCAGCCCCCUUUCUUCCCCACUCUGGCUUUGCCCCCCAACGGGGCUGCGGCUCUCUCCCUCCCUGGGGCUCUGGCGAAACCCAUUAUGGAUCAACUGGUCGGGGCUGCAGACUCCGGCAUGUCCUUCUCCUCCCUGGGACACCAAGCGGCGGCUCACCUGAGGCCUUUGAAAACCCUCGAGCCGGAGGAAGAGGUGGAGGACGACCCCAAAGUCCACCUGGAAGCCAAGGAGCUUUGGGAGCAGUUCCACAAACGGGGCACCGAGAUGGUGAUCACCAAGUCCGGAAGGAGAAUGUUCCCCCCCUUUAAAGUGCGGUGCACAGGGCUGGAUAAAAAGGCCAAAUACAUUUUGCUGAUGGACAUUGUGGCGGCGGACGAUUGUAGAUAUAAAUUCCACAAUUCCCGGUGGAUGGUGGCCGGGAAAGCCGACCCCGAAAUGCCAAAGAGAAUGUAUAUCCAUCCGGAUAGCCCAGCUACCGGCGAACAGUGGAUGUCGAAAGUCGUCACGUUUCACAAACUGAAACUUACUAAUAAUAUUUCGGACAAACACGGAUUUACUAUCUUGAACUCUAUGCACAAGUACCAGCCGCGGUUCCACAUUGUCCGGGCCAACGACAUUCUAAAACUCCCCUACAGCACCUUCCGCACUUACGUUUUCCCGGAGACCGAAUUCAUCGCGGUUACCGCAUACCAGAACGAUAAGAUAACGCAAUUAAAAAUCGACAACAACCCAUUUGCUAAAGGAUUUCGGGACACAGGGAAUGGGCGACGGGAAAAAAGAAAACAACUCACCCUUCAGUCCAUGAGGGUUUAUGAUGAGAGGCAGAAAAAGGAAAAUGGGACCUCAGACGAGUCCUCUAGCGAACAAACAGCUUUCAAAUGUUUUGCUCAGUCCACAUCUCCGGCUGUGUCUGCGGUGGGCACCUCUAAUCUUAAAGAUUUGUGUCCCAGCGACGGCGAAAGCGAUUCGGAAAGCAAAGAAGACCCGCUGGAGGCCAGCGACGCCGGGAAAAUCACUACCACCAGCAGCAGCAGCACGGCCCUCGCCCUCCAGAGCAGUUCGGCGACCCCCGGGCCGGGCGGAGGGGCGGGAGACCCCCGGGAGAAGCACAGCCCUCCGAAGGCGCCUCUCUACCCGUCGGACUCGGCGUGCAGCCGGAGCAGAGAGGGCGCCUCCAAGGCGGCUCCGGACUCGCGACACAGCCCGGCCACCAUCUCCUCCAGCACCCGCAGCCUGGGCGGGGAAGAGGUCAAGACCCCCCCACGGGAGGAGUGCCGCGGCCUGGCCAAGGAGCCCUUCGCGCCCCUGACGGUGCAGACGGACAGCCCCGCCGCCGCCGUCGCCGGGCACCUGGCCCAGGGACCCUUGUCCAGCCUGGCCUUCCCUCCCGGCCUGGCCAGCCAGCAGUUCUUCGCCCCGCUGGGCAACGGGCACCCCCUGCUCCUCCACCCCGGCCAGUUCGCCAUGGGCGGCGCCUUCUCGGGUAUGGCCGGCAUGGGCCCUUUGCUGGCCACCGUCUCCGGCGCUUCGGCGGGCGUCAGCGGCCUGGAGAACACCGUGAUGGCCACGGCAGCCGCGGCCCAGGGACUGUCCGGCGCUUCAGCGGCAGCGGCGGCUGCGGCUGCGGCGGCGCUGCCCUUUCACCUGCAGCAACACGUCCUGGCCUCGCAGGGCUUGGCCAUGUCUCCCUUCGGAAGCCUCUUCCCUUAUCCCUACACCUACAUGGCGGCCGCGGCGGCUGCCUCGACGGCCGCCAGCAGCUCGGUCCACCGGCACCCCUUCCUCAGCGCCGUGCGCCCUCGGCUCCGCUACAGCCCCUACUCGGUGCCGAUGCCCCUGCCGGACAGCAGCAGCCUCCUCUCCACGGCCAUGCCCUCCCUGGUUGGCGUCGGCGUCGGCGGCGCAGCGGAAGGCAAAGGGGGCGGUGUCUUGGUCUCCAGCCCGGCCUCAGGAGCCUUGGAUUCCGGCUCGGAACUCAACAGCCGUUCCUCCACGCUCUCCUCGGGCUCCGUCUCCCUCUCCCCCAAGCUGUGUGCCGACAAGGAGGCCACCAGCGAGCUGCAAAACAUCCAGCGCUUGGUGAGCGGACUGGACUCCAAGCAAGACAGAGCCAGGAGCGGCUCGCCCUAGAGAGCUGCCCCCCUCCCCACCCG